AUGUAUUCAGUUGUCCAAUUUGUAUGCGAUGAAUCAUUGGCCGUUGUUGCCAACUCGUGGUUGCUUGGGGAUGACUUAGUUGCCUGGCCAAAGUACCGGGAAUUGCAGCGUCUGUUGGAGGCCAAUCGACGGCCAACCGACGGCGCAAAGCUGUAUGAAGUUAAAGUACUCAAGGGCGGAACCGAUCUUGAUAAGGGGCGCCGGUUAGCCAAAAAGGCCGAAGAUACGGACCACCUAUCAUCGUCAGAGCCGGAAACAUUAGGAAGAGGCAUGCGGACAAAGUACGUUGCUUAUUUUUUCAUACAUAUCCCCGAAGACUGACUUCCGAUUCGGAAGACGACGAUGAACUGCAGGAGAUACGCAAGCACACAGACCGACGCUUAGGCCAGUGGCCCGUACCUCCAGCUGUACUCCGGUAGGUCUCAUUGGCUUAAACGAACUUCAGGCCAACAAACGAUAAUGUGCCGGGUACCUCCUAUUCUCUACGAAGACAGGUUGCCAGACGGGGAGAACUUAGCGCCUCAAAAACAACACUUGCUGCAAGAAAUCAAACAAGAGUUGGCAUGUAACAGGUAAACCGAAUCAAAACCUUUAAUAUUAUAUAGGAAAAAACUGGACUUCCUUUCAGAGGAAAUGCUCUGGGUGAAGACCAAUAUACAAGACAUCAAGGCCAUGCUAGCCGACAAUCGACGAGCGUUGCAAGCAGUGAGCUUUGUUUCGAAAGAGAAGCCGCCCCUUCUCCAGCUGCCUCUGUAG